CAAAAGAUUGUCAAAAAAAAAUAUUCAUUUUCCCAGUUACUCCUCAAUAUAAAAGCUAUUGACAUUGGACGUAAGCUCUUUCUCUCCACACUAUCAAAGGUCUCUCCAAUGGCAACUCUUAUUCUCCACUCUGAUUCAUUCUCCUUCUUCUUUGUUACAUUCAUGUCAUUGGCUCUUCUUAGUCUCCGGCAUCCCUCUGCAACGGCCUCAGCGGUUUGUCAAGCUCCUCCGGUGAUCUUUAACUUCGGAGAUUCUAAUUCUGACACGGGCGGACUCGUCGCUGGACUCGGUUACCCUAUUGGCUUCCCUAAUGGACGCUUAUUUUUUCGGCGAUCCACGGGACGUUUGUCCGACGGACGUCUCCUCAUCGAUUUCCUCUGCCAGAGUUUGAAUACAAGUCUCUUGAGGCCAUACUUAGAUUCUUUGGGUGGAUCAAAGUUCCAAAACGGUGCGAACUUUGCAAUUGCUGGAUCCUCUACUCUCCCCAAAAACGUGCCAUUUUCACUCAACAUUCAGCUCAUGCAAUUCUUCCAUUUCAAAUCCAAAUCACUCGAGCUCGCUUCUACUCCAAAUCCAUCAAAGGGGAUGUACAUAAGCGAGAGUGGAUUCAGAAACGCAUUGUAUAUGAUCGAUAUAGGACAGAACGACAUUGCUCGUUCCUUCUCUGUAGGCAACUCGUAUUCUCAGACGGUCAAGCUGAUUCCACAAUUUAUUUCCGAGAUAAAAACCAGCAUAAAGAGAUUGUAUGAUGAAGGAGGAAGGAGAUUCUGGAUCCACAACACUGGUCCACUGGGUUGUCUACCUCAGAAACUUUCAAUGGCUCAGAGCAAAGAUCUUGACCAGCAUGGUUGCUUAGCCAGUUACAACUCGGCAGCAAAACUGUUUAACCAAAUGUUAGAUCAUAUGUGUGAGAAACUGAGGAUUGAACUGAGAGAUGCCACCAUAAUCUAUGUCGACAUAUACGCUAUCAAAUACAGCCUCAUUGCAAAUUCAAAAACAUACGGUUUUGAGAGACCCUUAAUGGCGUGUUGCGGAUACGGAGGGAGUCCUUACAACUACAAUGCGAAAAUAACAUGUGCACAUAGAGGCGCUAACGUAUGUGACAAAGGUUCUCGGUUCAUAAGCUGGGAUGGGAUUCAUUACACUGAGACAGCUAAUGCCAUUGUUGCUAUGAAAGUGCUUUCAAUGCAAUACUCGAAGCCACAAGCUCCCUUCCAUUUCUUCUGCCGUCGCUGAGAAUCAAAAAAGAAGAACAUAAAACGAAUUGGUAUCUUUUAGUCAAUGAAUAAUGAGUUUAUAUGAGAAUACAACAUAAACAUUAGCUUUUUACAAAAAAAAGAAACAUAAACUUUAGCUUGGUGACCAAAUGUAAGUUAUGUAACUUAGAGAACAAAUAAAGCUUGUGGAACAAAUAUAUAUAUAUAUUUUUUUAUAAUGGACAUUAACACAAUAUUAAAUUCUAAA